AUGUUGCCAACACAGGCUUUGUUAGCGGUAUCGCUGCUUCUCGCCGGGCCUUCGGUGGCAGCAGAUACUUGCAAGGCCCCAAUUAAUCACCCGGGAGAACCUUUCAGCAAUGUCCAACCAAAAAACACUACAAUCCUGAGUCCUUAUGGCCACUCUCCCCUCGUUCUCCCCUCGCCCAACACAACCGGAAAUGGAGGAUGGGAGCAUGCCCUUCUGAAAGCUAAGAAGUUUGUAAACAAGCUUACACUGGAAGAGAAAUCCUGGAUGGCAACGGGCCAACCUGGUCCCUGCGUCGGAAAUGUCCUUCCCAUUCCACGUCUCAAUUUCACCGGUCUCUGUCUCCAAAACGGACCUCAGUGCGUGCAGCAGGGUGAUUACUCCAGUGUGUUCAUCAGCAGUGUUUCUGCCGCCGCUAGUUGGGACCGCGAACUGUUAUACAACCGCGCACAUGCCAUGGCCAAGGAACACAAGGCCAAGGGUUCCCAUGUUAUCCUGGGACCCAUCGGUGGACCUCUGGGCCGCAGUCCCUACGAUGGUCGAACCUGGGAAGGCUUCGCUGCCGACCCCUACCUCACUGGUGUCUGCAUGGAGGAGACCAUCAACGGAAUGCAGGAUGCGGGUGUCCAGGCAAACGCGAAGCACUUCAUUGCCAAUGAGCAAGAAACCCAGCGUAACCCCACCUACGCCCCGGACGCCAACGAGACAACGUAUAUCCAGGAUUCGGUGUCAGCGAAUAUUGAUGACCGCACCCUCCACGAAAUCUAUAUGUGGCCGUUUGCCAACGCUGUUCGGGCGAAGGUUGCUAGUGCCAUGUGCUCGUAUAACCGUGUAAAUGGUUCCCACGCUUGUCAGAACUCCUACCUGCUUAACCACCUGCUUAAGGGCGAGCUUGGUUUCCAGGGCUAUGUUAUGUCUGACUGGGGUGCUACGCACAGCGGUGUAUCGUCUGUUGAGAGUGGAAUGGAUAUGACCAUGCCUGGAGGUUUCACUCUUUACGGAGAACUCUGGACCGAAGGAUCUUAUCUGGGCAAGAACCUCACCCGGGCUGUGCAGAACGGUACCGUUGAGAUGACUCGUCUGGAUGACAUGAUUGUCCGCAUCAUGACUCCCUAUUUCUGGCUUGGGCAGGAAAAGAACUACCCCAGCGUUGAUGCAUCGGUUGGCCCACUGAAUGUCGACUCGCCCCCUGAUACCUGGCUGUAUGACUGGAAGUUCACAGGCGAAAGCAGCCGGGACGUUCGCGCAAACCACAGCGCCAUGAUUCGCGAGCAUGGAUCUGCCUCAACUGUCCUGCUGAAGAACGAGAAAAAUGCCCUGCCUCUCAAGAAACCUCGCAACAUCGUGAUCGCCGGUAACGACGCUGGCCCUCUCACCCAAGGCCCUGAUCUAAUGGGUGAUUUUGAGUACGGUCAUCUCGCAGGAUCUGCCAGCUCUGGAUCCUGCAGAUUCUCAUUCCUGUCCACCCCACUCGACGCAAUCAGUGCCCGCGCUCGCAAGGACGGAUCCAUCGUCCAGUCCUUCCUGAACAACACCCUCCUCACCACCACGGCACUUACAUCACCACUCUGGAUCCCACAGACACCCGACGAUCGAACUUCGCUGUACCUAGACUGGAAUGGAAAUGCGGUUGUGGAAGCCGUCGCUAACAACUGCAACAACACCGUUGUCAUCACGAACUCUGGCGGCGUGAACGUUAUGCCUUUCGCAGACCACCCGAACGUAACCGCCAUCCUGGCCCAGCACUACGCUGGAGAGGAAUCCGGUAACGCAAUCGCAGAUGUUCUGUACGGCGACGUCAACCCAUCCGCCAAGCUCCCCUACGUGAUCGCAUACAAUGAGACCGACUACAAUGCCCCCGUGACCACCGCCGUGGAAACAAAUGGUACAUACGACUGGCAGAGCUGGUUCGACGAAGAGCUCGAAGUGGGAUAUCGCUACUUCGAUGCUAAGAAUAUCUCCGUCCGGUACGAGUUCGGCUUUGGUCUGAGCUACACUACUUUCGGCCUGAAGGGUCUCAAGCUGAAGGGCUCUGCCCCACAAAACAACCUUACUGCUCUACCAGAGAAGCUGCCUACCCAGCCUGGCGGUAAUCCGGCUCUUUGGGAUACGGUGUUCACCCUUCAAGCAGAGGUUUCUAACACCGGUGACGUUGAUGGAUUCGCUGUGCCGCAGCUAUACGUUGAAUUCCCCAGCUCGGCGCCAGCUGGUACGCCCCCGAGCCAGCUUCGCGGAUUUGAUAAGGUCUGGGUUCCGGCUGGUGAGAAGAAGACUGUUUCAUUUGACCUGAUGCGCCGGGAUGUUAGUUACUGGGAUGUUACUGCUCAAGACUGGCGGAUUCCUGCUGGUCAGUUUACGUUCAAGGCUGGAUUCAGCAGUCGUGAUUUCCAGGCGAAGAAGGCCGCUACGUUGAUCAAGUCAUGA